GCAGUGCGGAUGCCGUUGCACAAGCUCCAUGACGGCUGCGGUGCGCGGGAUGCGGCGACUGGUUCAUUAAGAAAAACAAAACACAGCUCGGGACGAUUAAAAUCGGGACAAUAGGAGAAAGCGGUGCGGAUUGGGCCGCCCUCCCUCUCCCCCCCGCUUCCCCCUCUGGGGGGAGCGAACAAGCCGGACCGAUGAACCUGGCCAGUCAGAGCGGGGAGGGUGGCAGCAGCCAGCUCCUCUUCGCUAACUUCAACCAGGACACCACGUCCCUUGCGGUUGGCACCAAAUCUGGCUACAAGUUUUUUUCUCUUUCUUCAGUAGAUAAAUUAGAACAGAUCUAUGAAUGCACUGACACAGAGGAUGUAUGCAUUGUGGAACGGCUAUUUUCCAGCAGUCUAGUAGCUAUUGUGAGCCUUAAAGCACCCAGAAAAUUGAAGGUUUGUCACUUUAAAAAAGGAACAGAGAUCUGCAACUACAGUUAUUCCAAUACUAUUCUGGCUGUCAAACUAAAUAGACAGAGAUUGAUAGUAUGUCUGGAGGAGAGUUUGUACAUUCACAAUAUCCGAGAUAUGAAAGUGCUGCAUACCAUCAGGGAAACGCCACCAAACCCCACAGGGUUGUGUGCACUUUCCAUUAAUAAUGAUAAUUGCUAUCUUGCACCUGGUAGUGCAACAAUUGGGGAAGUACAGGUAUUCGAUACUAUCAACCUGAGAGCUGCCAAUAUGAUCCCAGCACAUGACAGUCCCCUUGCUGCUUUGGCAUUUGAUUCAAGUGGUACAAAACUGGCAACAGCCUCUGAAAAGGGAACAGUAAUUCGAGUAUUCUCCAUUCCCGAGGGGCAGAAACUCUUUGAAUUCCGGAGGGGUGUUAAAAGGUGUGUGAGUAUCUGUUCACUAGCAUUCAGUAUGGACGGAAUGUUUCUGUCUGCCUCCAGUAACACAGAGACGGUACAUAUCUUCAAACUGGAGACACAAAAAGAAAAACCACAGGAAGAACCAACCACGUGGACUGGGUACUUUGGGAAGGUGCUCAUGGCUUCCACUAGCUACCUGCCUUCACAGGUCACAGAGAUGUUCAAUCAGGGCAGGGCAUUUGCAACAGUCAGAUUGCCCUUCUCAGGACACAGAAACAUCUGUGCGUUGGCAACAAUUCAGAAGAUUCCUCGGCUACUGGUAGCAGCGGCGGAUGGUUAUCUCUACAUGUAUAACCUGGACCCACAGGAAGGAGGCGAGUGCACACUAAUGAAACAGCACAAGUUAGAUGGUAGUGUAGAGCCAGCCAAUGAGAUUCUGGAGCCUUCACCGCACGAUCGGCCAUUAGUGUCUCAGACGUAUAGUUCACCUGCUGCCAAAGUUAGUUAUACUCCUUCAUCACCAACACGGCAUGCCUACCCAGAGGACCAAGGAGCAGUGGGCGGAAUUGACCCAGAUGAUGAUUUGAAUAUUGGCACACUGCGAAUGGAUGAGGACAAUGAGACUCCUCCCCUGAUUCUUAAGAGCGAGUGACCGUUGACUUGUGAACUGGCACAUGCUGGCAGAGAACACUUACAAUAGACUGAAUUGUGAUGCUGCUGCAGACUUUUAUUGUUGCAGGACAGAGAGUGAAGAAAAAUAUGGAAGGAACAUUUUAAAGAAUGGAAAAAUUGUAGCUGUAGCUUAGUUCUAUAAUACUGAAAACAAAAUAUAUUGUUUUUUUCCCCCAGUGGCUUUUAAUUCCUGUGAAGAAUUUGAGUAAAUAUGUAUUUUUUUCCCCCUUUUUUUGGCCAAAAACUGCCGCCUCAUGCAGCCUUGGAGUCCACUAGCUUUGCAUGUUUACAUGUGCCAAGAUUUAAGAAUUUAGGAGCCACUUUAAUAUUGCCAGUCUGGUUGUUUUCCCAAGGACACUUUUUUGUUCCUCCAUUCAGGGACACUGGUUUCCAAAGCUAUAAGGUAGCAACCCCAUCCCAACCCAUUUUUAAAAUUAAAAAUCACUUCCAGCCUCCUGUACCUGGAAUUUCCUAUAAGGUUUUGUCCAUCCGCUUAAAUUAGACUCAGCAGUAUGAAGUUGUGGUCCUUUGAAUUUCAUUCCUUUGGGGGAACAACUAUGAAUUUUACUUUAAAACUUGCUCCAAAAGAGACGGUUCAUUGAGUGUGACACUAAGAAUGAAUCUUAAUCCAAAGGGUUUAAAUAUUGAGUGGAUAUUUGUAAAUUACUCUGAAAAUAAAAGCUGGUAUCCCAUGUGUUUUUUUUUGAAUCUUGUGAUUAUGAUAGAUUCUUUCCAGAGAAGUGAUUAUAUCAGUCAUUAAUUCUCUACCACACCUGACUCCCUUACAUUUCUAUAGGUACAGUUAAAAUUUCAUCAGCUGGGGAGGGGUUGCUACUUUGAAUCUACAUAAUUCUAGAAUGAUUUGGUAUUCUGAUGUUUGAGUUUGCAUUACCUGUCUCAAUGGCCAAACUUCAGCUACCCAGUGCCCAGCUGAUACAGAUGGCUCUCAUCAGCAAAUUGUUUUAGAAAUUCCUGUAGUGAGUGGAAUUCUUGCAAUAGUUGAUUCUUUAUUUUGACAGUUGCUGCUACAGAAUACAUUUCAAAUGUUACUUAUUAAAAUUCGAUAAGUAGAUGGGACCAUGGAAUGAAUGCUUCAUCUUGAAAAUGUAAGUUGAAACUUCAGUGUUUCUAUUGGAAAUGUGUUGUGACUGUAUGUCACACUGCAAUAUAAAUUUUCAAGAAUUGCCAAGAAAUGCAGUUUACAGCUACUGGUUUGCUGGAAUUUGGCCACUUUCAUUAUUAAAUGACAUGGGAGAGACCUGUUUUAAAAAAUUGGUAGCAGAUAACUGGAUCAUCUCAAAAAUACAAAACCCAUCUGUUUGAGAUGGAAGAAAAAAAACUGGCUUAUAGUACACAUCAUAUGAGUUGUAAUUCUUCAGUUUGUAUCAUGAUCUGAAUUGAUGCAAUCAACAACUACUCAAAGUAUGGCAUUCACACCAGGUUUUCCUUGGUUAUCUCUGUGGUGGUUAGAGAAGGUUCGUCAUUACUCUUCUGGUAACAAUGUGGAUCUGUUGGUUAAGUGCCAAUCAUAAUAUUUCUGAGAUAGUGAAUAAUAGAAAUUUAAAUGAAGGCAUUGAGAAAAAUAAGUAACUGUACCACAGCUUUUCAGCCAAAACUUCCUUUAGAUUUUGCUUCUGUGAUCAUGCUUAGAAGUGUGCACCUACCCAGAGUUAGCCCAGUGUGCUUAAUUGUUCUACCCGGUAACCACUGUAACGCAAAAGUCCUGGAAGGUGCUUUGCAUGACCUUUUUACUGAUAUUGUAAUAAGACUUGUACAAUAAUGUGAUUGAUAAAAUAUUCUACUAUUUUGAUGUCAGUUGCUGAAAUGUUCCACUUUAAAUGAAGGUUUUUUUAAGACAGUUGGAGCAAUGCAGAAAAUUGAUUUUUUUUUUCAGAAGUUGGUACCACAGCAGAUGUAACCGCUACUGUGUAAUUGCUUUUCCCUCAGCAACAAAUGUGGGAUAUUGAAACAUUUUUUUUGGAGGGGGGCAGAAAACCCCCCUUUAAGAAACUAGACUUGUUGAAUGCUUUUAUUGUUUUAAUGGAAUUGUGUAAUUCUUGGCAGUGCUUUGGGUUGGGGGAGAAAGGCCAAUUUUAGUCAAAUUGCGAUGAGAACAAAAGCAGCAUCCGUUGCACAUCCUGUGCUUAUCUGUGGAGCUUCUUUUUCUGUAGUAAAUUUAAGAUCUGGUACUGCCAUUGAAAGAAUAGUGAACUGCAGAACUUCAUCAUUUGGAGGUGUUGGAAGAGAUGCAUACAGCUGAGGUGUUUAGACCUGAAAAGGUUCUUGUUUGAUUGGACUAAAUUACCUAAUAGUUGUAUUCAAGUAAUUUAGUUGGAUACAAUGCCCUUGGGCAAGGCAAGGAAAAUUGAAAUUAAAUUUUCCUGGUUCUGAUACAAUCCAGAAAAAACUCUGGUUAAAAUUUUGUUUUUUAGAUAUAGCAUGAGAAUAUUUGGCAGAGCAAUGUUGCUGUGUGGUUCUAAAAGCCUAACAGUUCACCACAAGUAAAAAUGGCCAGUUGGUUGUGCUGCAGGAAAACUAGUUCCUGUCUGUGUUAACCAUAAUUCAGGAGUGGAGGGUCAGGGGGAUGGUGAGAUGGUAUAGAAAAGAGCAAGAAAUGUUGGAAGAGGCAGAGAUGUAAUGAUUUGCAAAUUCUGUUUGCACAUUAAGGUCUAUAUAUUGUAAGCAAAUGACGUAUGGCACAGUAAUAUAUUUGUAUGUUUUUAUUGGUUUUUGGACACUGACAUUUUCUUUAGUUUAUUAUACACCCAGGUAUUUUACGAUCUACAAGUAUGAACUUAGGUGUAAUAUGCUUUUUGGCAUUAAUUGUUUGAGACUGGUUAUGCACCAUUGUUAUCCCCAAAAAUAUAUUUUAGCAUUGAUGCAAUAACCUCUUCCUGACAGCAAAAACGUUUGUGGUGAAGCAUUUGUUUUCUAAUUUGGAAGACAAAAUUCUUAGGCACAGAAGGUUUUUAAACUUGGAGUAAGUUGGAUUUUGAAAAAAGUAGGAAAUAUAACCUGGAAACAGAUCUGUCUCCCUAUGGAAGAGGUCUGCCUCGUUUCUGAUUUUCUCUUCACCUGACUCGGAUUAAAGUUACAACAUCAGUUUUUAAUGUCUUUAAAAAUUAGCUUGGUAAAAUUUGACGUGAUAAAUUGAAUAUUAUGUUUUACAAUGUGAAGACAAUGAACUUGCACAUUUUAGCACUGAUGGAUCUGUAAUGAAGAAACGUUUUCAACAGAAAAUUAUUAAAAAUAAUUAACAAAAAGUGCUAGAUUUUAUCCACUUCUGCUUUCCUACCCUUUUAAGUUGCCUCUCUGCAGAUAGAUACAAGGUUGUGUAGUGAGUAUACCACUGAACAUCUUAUGGCUGUGAAGCUAAUUAUCCUACAGAAUCUUGAAGUUUACCACCAGUCAAUGAAUAAAUACACCAUAUACCUUUGGAGUUGAAGGCAGCAAUCAACAAAGAAUUCGAGAUUCAUCAGUUGUAAUGAAAAAUCAUUGAGCUGAAAUGCUAACCCUGUUUCUCUCUGUAGAUGAUGCCUGACUUGCGAACUAUUUACAGCAUUUUCCAUCAUUAAAGAAAUUCACCUGUUUGUUUUCUGAUACCAGGAUGUUUGGCUGUAGCUGAGUUUCAGUGGAUGCAAAA